AUGGCCCUGUCACUGCGCAAUCUCCCACCCUGUCCUGAAGAUAGCUCCCUGGCUCCGCGAGGUGUACACGAGCUCGCGAGGCUUCGAAUCAGGAACAUUCGACCCUUCAAAUUUGGCGAUGACUACGAAGGCGCAAUCAACGACUGCGCACACGGUGAUGUAAUCAGACUUCAAGAUCUGGUCCAAAGCCAUCCGAUGAGCAACACUGAACGUGUCGUCCAGGAUCUCCACGGCAUUCUUCAUUCAUACCACCAGGUAGCCCGGAAACGGUUCGUGGCCAGCGUCUGUAUGCAGGCUGCCGACCAUCUCCUCGGCAACGGACCCAAGACGCGGUUGAUUCUGUUUUCUCCUACGUUUGCGAGCAGUCUCAAUCGAAAGCUCCAAAUGAUGUUUCGUCUCGGUCCGACCACUAUGUAA